AUGCUCCAUGCCUUGCCACUGGAAAUAUUGUCCAUGAUUUUGGAAUACUGCUACAGAAAGGAAGAUCUGAAAAACCUUUGCUUAGCCUCAAAAGCCUUGCACUCGGCGACUAUACCACGACUUUACCGAUCAAUCAUUCUUCUUUCGAGAAACGAGGAUAAUCUGAGUGACUUGAACGUUGGACCUCUUUUGGAGCGGGGUUCUCGAUAUCUUAAAUUUACAAGGGAGAUUAUUCUGAUCGCGGAGUUUCGUCAAUUGCUUCGCCAUCGCUGUCAUGACCAUGACUCUGAUGACUCUGAUGACUCUGAUGACUCCGAUGAUUCUGAUGAUGGCUCCGAUGUCGAAUAUGACUCCCCCAGCGACGAAAAUGACUUAGAAUAUCGAGACUCCCCUCAAAGGCUUACUGUUGGUGAAGAUGCAAACGGAAGUACACUUUAUGACGAGGACCAGGAGAAUCAGCCAGGCGACAAAUCUCAUCUAACAGAGCGGCCCAACGAUCGCUCUGAUGUCUCUUUGGUCGAUCAUCCUCAUGUUGACUCUCCUGAGGGACGCUCGGAUGGCUUCACGUGGCAGGAAUGGCCGCCACAUGAGCAGUUUAUGCAGAUUUUAGAGUCAAGAAUCCAGCAACUUCUGGAUUUGAUUCCAGAAGCUGGAAUCUCGGUACCUGUGUUCCCGGAGCCGUAA